AUGGAAUCGGUUCCGGCAAGUAUCGAGACAUACAAGACGCUUAAGCCGUCCAAAACGCUCCGGUACCACCAUAACGACCCCAUCACAUCGCUCGAUUUCGAUGACACUGGAGCCUACGCCGUCACAGCUGGAACAGAUGAAUCCAUUCAGCUGUAUUCGGCUCACAAGGGCACUCACCAGCGAUCCAGCUACUCGAAGAAGUAUGGCGCGCAUUUGGCCCGGUUCACACACAACAGCAUGAGCAUCGUCUACGCUUCCACCAAGGAAGAUGACACAAUUCGAUAUCUGUCGUUGCACGACAAUUCGUACAUCCGGUACUUUAGAGGCCACAAGGACAAGGUGCACGCGCUCAACGUGUCUCCUAUCAGUGAUGUGUUGCUUUCGGCAUCAAUGGAUCACACUGUGCGGCUAUGGGAUCUCCGGUCGCCCCAUUGUCAGGGAGUUUUGAACCUGGUGAGCCCGAAUCUGAUUGCAUUUGAUCCCCGAGGUCUGUGUUUUGGCGUGGCCAACACAUCGGCCCAGGACCUGUCUUUGUACUCUGUUUCUGCAUGGGGAUCCGACCCCUUCGCCACGUUUGCUCUUCCUGCUCCCCCUGGAGACGGAUGGGCCUCUGUAGAGUUCUCCAACGACGGAAAGUAUAUUCUCUUGGCGACUUACGGAGAGCAGCACCACGUCAUUGAUGCUUUCACGGGUAAUCUUACGCACAAGCUCGUUGGCCACCACCCCUUAAGACGCGAUCAGGACAACAUGCGGGGCGGCUCCACUCACACUGCAUUCUCUGUGGACGGCCGCACAGUGUUUGGCUGCUCGCGAGACGGCAAGAUUAUUGUCUGGGACUUGCAGGACCGAGUCGACGAGCGAGGACGACUGUACCCUUCCAAGGCUCUCAACUGCGCACCCAACGCAGCCUCCCCUCAGAUUCUUGGUGUCAAUCCAGCCUCCAUGCAACUGGCCACAGCAGAUAAAGAGCUUACUUUCUGGCUGCCGGAAAAAGACGUGGCCGAGCCUCCAAAGGAGGCAUAG